AUGGCGAACGAAGAACAGAGAAGGGCCUUUGAGUCGUAUAUGGGCCGCACUGGCGGCAGUGGCAGUAACGGGCAAGGCCAAGAUCAGGGCCAGCCAAUUCCUCAGUACCCCGGCUCCUUCGCACGGCCAGCCAAUUCGUAUCUUUACAAUGUACGUAAUCGUGUUCGGCCCCAUCUCAUCGACGCCCGCGCACAGUGCAUCGGAACGAAAGCUCAAAACUUCUUCACUGAGUCCUCGCCGCUCUUCCAGGAAGGUCGAGAGAAGUCCAUCGCGCCGGGCAAGUUCAAGGAUCAUCGAACUCAGUCCGUCGCCCCCGCCGCCGACAAGAUCUUCGAGAGUUGUCUAUCGGAGCGAGUCUCAGGAACGUCGGACUAG